GGAGCCGCCGCGCAGAAAGGUGGGUGCGCGCCCGGCCCGCCUGGGACCCCUGACCCUCGGCCCGGGGAUGGGGGAGUGCGCCGCUGUCGCUGGUUUCUUUCGUUUGGGGGUGAUGGAUGUGGACAUACUGUUCUAGGCCCUGAAAGUGGAACUUUUACUUCAAUAAACUACCCACAGACCUACCCCAAUAGUUCAGUGUGUGAGUGGGAGAUUCGUGUCAAACCUGGUGAGAGAGUUCAGCUCAAAUUUGGAGACUUUGAUAUUGAAGACUCAAAUUCUUGCCACUUUAAUUACCUGAGAGUUUAUAAUGGAAUUGGACCCACCAGGACAGAGAUAGGAAAAUACUGCGGUCUGGGCUUUCAGAUGGAUGGUUUGAUUGAGUCAAAAAAUAAUGAAGUUACAGUGCAAUUCAUGAGUGGCGGACAUGUCUCUGGGCGUGGAUUUCUUGCUUCAUAUUCAACCAUCGAUAAAUCAGACCUAAUAACCUGUUUAGACAAUGCAAGUCAGUUUUCUGAACCAGAAUUCAAUAAGUAUUGUCCAGCUGGAUGUGUGAUUCCUUUUGUUGACAUUUCUGGAACUAUUCCUCAUGGAUACAGAGAUUCCUCAUCACUUUGUAUGGCUGGUGUGCAUGCAGGAGUGGUGUCCAAUUUUCUGGGUGGCCGAAUCAAUGUUGUAAUCAGCAAGGGGAUUCCAUAUUAUGAAGGUUCUCUGGCUAACAAUGUCACAUCAAAAGUAGGUCCAUUAUCUACAAGCCUCUUCACAUUUAAGACUAGCGGUUGCUAUGGAACACUGGGAAUGGAAUCUGGAGUAAUCCCUGAUUCUCAGAUUACUGCAUCAUCAGUUCUAGAGUGGUCUGACCGAAUGGGCCAGGCAAAUAUUUGGAAACCUGAAAAUGCCAGAUUGAAAAGGUUUGGACCUCCUUGGGCUGCUUUAACCACUGACGGAGAUCAGUGGUUACAAAUAGAUCUGAAUAAAAAAAAGAAAAUAACAGGAAUUGUAACUACUGGAUCCACUUUAGUAGAAUACUACUAUUACGUCUCUGCCUACAGAAUUCUAUACAGUGAUGAUGCACAGAAAUGGAUUGUAUACAGAGAAUCCGAUGUUGAUCAGGAUAAGGUAUUUCAAGGAAACACUGAAUAUUAUCAUGAAGUUCGUAAUAACUUCAUCUUGCCCAUUAUUGCACGCUUUAUUAGAAUUAACCCCUUAAAGUGGCACCAGAAAAUUGCAAUGAAAGUGGAACUGCUAGGAUGUCAAUUUACUAUAGGUCGGUCCCCAAAACUUACAAUGGCACCACCGCCACCGCCACCACAGACCAGCAAUGACUUUUCUCUGCAGACUGAUAAAACAACCUUCAUUCCUGAAAUCAAAAACACCACUGUGACUCCAAGUGUAACCAAAGAUGUUGCAUUGGCAGCAGUUCUGGUUCCAGUGUUGGUGAUGAUCUUCACUACUCUGAUUCUGAUUUUGGUGUGUGCAUGGCACUGGAGGAACCGAAGGAAGAAAACUGAAGGUACCUAUGACUUGCCUUACUGGAAUCGUGCAGGAUGGUGGAAAGGCAUGAAGCAGUUUUUUCCUGCCAAGUCAGCCGAGCAUGAAGAAACCCCUGUUCGCUAUAGCAGCAGUGAAAUAGGUCACUUGAGACCAAGAGAUGUCCCAACCAUGUUGCAAACAGAGUCUGCAGAGUAUGCUCAACCACUGGUAGGUGGAGUUGUUGGCACUAUUCAUCAAAGAUCAACCUUUAAGCCAGAAGAAGGAAAAGAAGCAAGUUAUGCUGAUUUGGAUCCUUAUAAUUCACCCGUGCAAGAAGUCUAUCACGCUUAUGCUGAACCACUGCCUAUAACUGGACCAGAAUAUGCAACCCCAAUAAUCAUGGACAUGUCAGGUCAUCCUACAGCUCCUCUGGGUGUCUCUUCAAUUUCUACUUUCAAGGCUACAGGGAACCAAGCCCCUCCCAUAUUGGGAAUUUAUAAUAAACUUUUAUCUAGGACAGACAGUUCAUCAUCCGCACAUGCAUUGUAUGACACACCUAAGGGGAUGCUGGGACCAGGCUCCUCAGAUGAACUGGUAUACCAGGUACCACAGAGUGCACCACAUUCCACAGGAGCCAAGGAUGAACUGAGUUAGGAAAGGUUACAGUUUUUUAAAACAAAAUUCUUUUAUGGUGGCUAUGAAUUUACUUUUUUUAAUCAUGGUUUUUAUAUUGUUAGUUGUAGUAGCGUGGAGGUGGAUAAUAAUGUGAUAUCUGUAGUCUGGGAAACUAAGACUCCUGCCAUUUUUUAUGAGAAUAUAUACACCCUCAAUUACUGCUUGCCUGGUCAGAAAAUAUGGACACCAGUAUAGUACUCUCUUAGGCAGGAGGAAAUGAACUUCCACAAUGAACUGCAAAAGUUGUCAUGCUGCAUGGACAUGAACAAUCUAUUUGGAAAGAUGAUUUUUAUAGUACAACUAUCAGUAAUUUAAGUCUGACUGAAAGUAGUGUUAUACAAGAUUCACCUUCCCACUUAAAGCACAUUUCAAAUAUUCACAUAUAAUAUUGAAAAAGCAAGUUGAUUGAUAUAAUUGAGGACUGCUCCUGCUCGUAUUGACCUCAAUGGCAAACUCCCACUAACUUCAUUCCCACUAACUACAACUCUUUUAGGAGCAGUCCUAUCUUUUGUUCAUGACAGAGAAGCAACUCAGGCCUGCCAAUCUGGAUUUAUUUUAGCUUCUUGGGAGAAAACAGUUUCCUGCCCCUUUUAACUCUGAAAGGUGAAAUAGGGUAGUUAAGUAGUGGUUUUUCUUUAUUCUGUCAAAUCUUCCCAAGCCACUGAGACCUGGUCUUUCCAGGGAGAACUUUAACUUCAUACUAAUGGAUUGUGUGCACAGACUUGAGUCUUCUAAUUAGUUGCUUUUUAGUUCACACCUUGCAAGUGAAGACUACUGAAUAAUCUGAAUUUGAAUCCUCCAAGGUUUCCAAUUGCCUCUACAGUUGGUUUGACAACUUGGUCAUUCUUUGCAGAACUGCCAGGUCUACAAGGGUGCCUGCCUUACCAAGAACUCUUAGGGAUUCUUUCAUCAGGAGGCAAGUAUGGUUGAUAGUUUAUGAGAUUAAGGGAUGUAUUUUAAAACAUGCAGGUGUAAGCUUAUGAACACCCAGGUAAGUGCACAGUGUUCAUGCAUGUACCCAAGCACAAACCCCGGUUUGCCACCAUGGUACACUUCAGGGUUACUUACAUGUAAGUGUGCGUGUACAAUGUGGCACAGGCACAUCAAAAUUUUGGCUGUAGAGCCUUAAAUAUAACCACUUUGUCGUUAAAAGGGUGGAAAUGACCAAAGCUUAACAACAAAAUUGGCACUUGUUUUAAAGUGUAUCAGCUUAAAAGCAAUUAUGUAACCAAGUGGAUUCAUCAUACACUUGACUGGUCUUACCUUUCUCUGCAGUAUAUUAGUUUUAGGUUUUGACCUAUACUGAAUUAUCUUCUGAAAAAGAUUUACUGGUAUCUAUAGUAGUUGAGAUUAGAUAGAAAGCCUUGUUUAAUUGUGCCAGAUGCUAUUUAAAACAAUUUAGAGUUGUUAUACUUAAUUUUUAAUCAGUCAUAUUUAUCUUGUAGAAAGAAAGCACAGCUGCUGCUUUUACAUCGGUUAAGCAGAAACAGUGAGUAGUGAAAAACCUCUUUAAAUGGCUCUUUUUAUUUUAAUAGCGUGAUGGCACUGUUGGGAGAAUGCUGAAAGAAUUUAUGUAUGUGACAUCAGUGUAUACACAUUAGCCCAGUUUUAUGGACGUUGGUAGACUUUCUUUUUUUGGACACACAAUUCAAAUAAGACUUUAUAGCUCACAGUUUGUAGAGUAGACUUGUAGCAUCCAGAUAUAAAUAAACUAAUGCUGACAAAGGUGAUUAUGCCCCUCACAAGUCUUAGAAUAUUUUAAUCAAUUAUACUUAGGGUAGUACUUCAUUUUUUCCCUCAGUUUAGGAUAUUUACUCUGACUUCCCCUUGAUAUUUAGUUAGUUAUUAUGAAAAUCCUGUUUUUGUGGUACCAAGACUUUUCACUGUGUCAUACUAAACAGUUUGAAUUUGGGAUUCUAUGCACUGUGCUGCUUAAGGCCUGAUUCUACAAACACAGGACUAAUCCUGCUAAUGAGAAUAAGAUUUUGCAGGAUUGGGUUCCUCAUGCCUAAAUGUGAAUAUUUUAAGCUUGAAUGGUAUUCUAGAGUCAGUCUUCUGCUGAAAAGUAUCAAACCCCAUUAUGGUGAAACAGCAGUAUGAUAUUUAUUUAUUUUAAGAGAAUUGAAUCUGUAGCUCUUAAGUGCAUCUUACUUUCUUGUAACUUGAUAAGUAAUAAUGUUCUCUAAAACCCCUUCCCUACUGUUCCAGAUGCUUUGAAAUUUAAUUUUUUGGAUGAAGUUUGAUUAAACUCUUUUUAAAAGAAAAAAGGAUUAUUUUAGCGAUUGAGGGGAGGUGAAGAGAGAAAAAAAAAUGAAAAGAGAAUUGUGCAUAGUGUACCCAAUUCCUGUUGGAAACGUCAUUGGUCAGUCAAGUAGUGGUUAAUGGAUAUGACUUAUUAAAAAUCCCUUCAUUUCUAACUGGGCACAAAUUUUAAAUAACAGUUCAGAAACAGUAGAAAGCAUCCAGUGCAAUAAGUCUGUUCAUAAAACAAGUUGUUGAAGUCGCUUUGCUUUCUGAAAUCCAUAUUUAUCCGACCUAUGCUGUUACUUUGUCUUAAAAGCUAAGAUUAAAAAAAGAAGAAAAAUCUUCAAGGUUUAGAAAAACUUGGUACAAAUCAGUGUUAAGACUGAAAUCAAAUUGAUUUCACUACUGGCACUGUGUAUGGAAUGAGUUUUUGAUCAAUUCCUGCAAAAUAGCGAUUUCAGUCAAGGUCAGCGUAAUGCAAGUUCCGUUCCCUAAAACAAAAGGGUGUAAAACUUUGUUCCUUUCGGAGGAUGAAAUGCUGGAAGUUGGAGAUAGUGCAGUUUGGUUCACAGUAUCUAGGACCAGUUGAGAUAUUCACUGUCUCAUUUUCUUAAAAUGUUUUAAAUGAGGUAUUAACCCUCCCUGCCUCCCCCAUGGAUCAAGCUUGAGUUAACAUCCUGUAUUGUAGAUCUUGAUUGCUGAAUGUAAAAUGCGUGAUAUAAAAGGCAUUCAUUUUUAGAUUUAAUUCUGGCACUAUCCCAUGUACAACACAAAGGUACGUUUAAGGUCUUUCUUUUAAUUAUUGAAAAGAUAGAUACAACGAAAUGCAUAUAAAUAUUGUUUGAAAAUGGGAAUGGCUUGAGUGUCGGUUAUAUUCUCCCAGAAUGUAUUUUUCUUACCUCAGCAUGUAUUGUAGUUGGUCUGUAUUUGUAUAUGUUGCUAGAAUUUAGAUUGUAUAAUAAGAAGAUUUUUAUGUAUUUUAAAUAAAUUGUACAUACGGAUCGUUCUUCAGAGUCUGUAUCCUUUUCUUAAGUUCUGCAGGAUUAGUAUACUCACACCUUACACUGACAACUGCUUCAAGGUCUGUACCUCUUCUAGUUACUCUUUUCUCCAUUCCUACAAGCGUAGGGGUAUGUUAUUUUAGGCACAGCUGUGACCACAUGGAAGAACAGCCCUGGUCUCCCAUUCCUGCCUUGAACUAAUUUGUUUCAAGCUUGCAUUUAUCUGCUACCCACAUUAGCCAUCUGCUGUGGCUGCCUAAUAGCUGAAUGGCACAAUAUUAAAAAUAUUUUAUUUAACCUACAAAUAAGAUCUGCUCUAAGACAGCAAUAAGAAUUUAUCCAGAGCUGAUUUAAACCAGGACGUGUAAAGCCUGUGUAUGCAACUUCCCAAUACAGUAGUGACAACAGCGGUUAAAUUUUAACAUACAAUAUACUUGUAUAUUCAUUUUUCCAGGAACAUCUCAAUUAAGCAUGAUCUUUAGGGAAAAACAUUUAUAUUCAAAGGCACAAACAUGACUUAGAGUAAGUUUAUAUAUUUAUAUUUUAUACACACACUAUAAACUUUCAACUGAGCUUUCUAAAGCAUUGCCUAAACAUAAAGA